AUGUCAAUCAUGUCCAAAACUAUGAUAAACAGAAACCGGCAUUUCAUCAAACACCUUGCGGACAAACUGCGUUUUUCUUCCUCCCUCUCGUCGUCUCAAGUUCCUUCUCUUACAACCACAACCAGAAACCCACACCAAUUCUACACAUCACUCUUCUGCACCCUCAUCCACCUCUUCCUCAGGUGCCGCCGCCUCUCCAGCGCCGCAGCCGCUUUCUCCGCCAUGAGAGAUUUCAAAUACACGCCGGAAUUAGCCGCUUGGAACAGCCUCCUUCACCAAUUCAACUCUGCAGGUUUGAUCCAUCAGGUAAUGGUUAUCUAUCAAGAAAUGAUUUUUUCCGGCGUGGGACGCAAUGUAGCUACCAAGAACAUAGUGGUUCACUCCCUUUCGAAAAUUGGAGAAUUUGAUAGGGCGCUUGAUUUGUUACGAGAUAACAAUGAUUACGAAUUCAUGAGUGAUGGAGUUACUUACAAUACUGUAAUUUGGGGGUUUUGUAAAUAUGGGCAUGUCGAAAUGGGGGUCGGUUUGGUGUCGGAGAUAAUCAAGAGAGGUGUAGAUUGUGAUAAUUUCACUUGUAAUAUAUUGAUGAAGGGAUUCUGUGAUAAGUGUUUGUUGGAAAAUGCUAAAUCGGUUAUGGAAACGUUUUGCGGCAACGUAAAUCGAGAUGUUGUGGGGUUUAACACAUUGAUAAAUGGCUACUGCAAGGCUGGUGAGGUGAAUAAUGGUCUUCGGUUGAUUGAGAGUAUGGUGAAAGACGGUGUUUUACCCGAUAUUAUUACCUACAACACUUUGAUCAACGGUUUCUGCGAGAUCGGAGAUUUCGAUAGUGCCAAGAAUCUCAUGGAUAAUCUCUUAAAUUUCGAUAAUGGUUCGGGAUAUGAUAAAGCAAAUCAUAUCACGUAUACUAGUUUGAUCAGCGGAUAUUGCAAGCAGAACCAAACUGAAGAAGCAUUGGCUGUGUAUAAGGAAAUGAUUGCGAAUGGAAUUGAAUCCGAUGUAGUUACACAUUCUUGCAUUAUUAACGGACUUCUUAAGAGUGGGCGAUUGGCCGAGGCUAAAAACCUAUUCCACGAGAUGGUAAGAAAUGGUGUCGAUCCGAACCAUGUUACCUACACAAAUUUAGUUGAUUUUUGCCUUAAAAAUCGUAGUGUGAUGGCAGCUUUUAGCUUACAAAGUCAGAUGGUGGUUCGUGGGAUUAAAUUCGAUGUGGUGGUGUUUACUGCAUUGAUCGAUGGACUCUUUAAGAAUGGGAGGACGAAAGAGGCUGAGGACAUGUUUCGUAAUCUCUUAGAGUAUAAUUUAGUGCCGAAUUGUACCACGUAUUCUGCAUUGAUCAACGGUCUCUGUAAAAUAGGUGAUAUGAAGGGUGUGGGGUCCGUACUGCAGCAAAUGGCGGAGAAAAAUGUUCUGCCGAAUGUGGUAACUUAUUCUUCGGUAAUUAAUGGUUAUGUGAAAAGCGGAAUGCUCGAGGAAGCUAUUAAUAUACUGUGGAAAAUGAUAUGCGAAAAUGUUAUGCCAAAUGCUUUCACCUACGGUUCAUUGAUAGAUGGCUGUUUGAAAGCUGGUCAAAAGGAAACUGCUGCAGGUCUCUACGAGGAUAUGAAAAAACGAGGGGUGGAAAAUAAUAUUUUUGUAUUAGAUGCUUUUACAAACAAUCUGAAGAAGGAAGGAAUGAUGGAUGAGGCAGAGACGUUGUUUCAAGAUUCGAUUUCCAAUGGAUUGUUGCCCGACCGUGUUAACUACACAAACUUGAUGGAUGGACUUUUCAAAGCGGGUAAAGAAUCUUCGGCGCUUAAAGUCGCGGAAGAAAUUACAGCUAAAAAUAUCGGGUUCGAUAUUGUUACGUUCAAUGCUUUGCUUAACGGGUUGCUUAAACUCGGCCAAUACGACGUGCAGUCUAUUUAUACGGGGCUACAAAAAUUCGAUUUGGCUCCGGAUCAUGCUACGUUUAAUACGCUAAUCAAGGCGUGCUGCAGGGAAGGGAAAUUGGACGACGCUCUGAAGAUUUGGAAUGAAAUGAAAAGUUACGGAGUAAAGCCUAAUUUAAUAACUUGUAAUAUUUUGACUGAAGGGCUCUGUGAGUCGGGUGAAGUCGAUAAGGCGAUGGAAUUAUUGAACGAGUUGUCGAUUUCCGGGUUUUAUCCAACGGCAGUUAUUCACAAAACGGUGCUUAAAGCUGCUUCAGAGACUAAAAGGGCCGAUGUUAUUUUGUCGAUGCACGAAAAGCUUGUGUCGAUGGGGCUUAACUUGAAUCUCGACGUGUAUCAAAACCUUAUCAAUGUUUUAUGUGGACAAAAAAUGACAAGAAAAGCAACGUCCGUAUUACAAGAAAUGAGAGAAGCCGGCUUUCUUGCAGAUACUGUUACUUACAAUGCGCUGAUUCGAGGACAUUGCAGAAGCUCUCAUUUAGACAAGGCUUUUGCGCUUUAUUCUCGUAUGUUGACCGAACGAGUUUCUCCCAAUAUUACAACGUACAACAUUCUUCUAGGUGGAUCUACAGAAUCUAGGUCAAUGGAUAAAGUGAGUGAUAUCCUUUCAGAAAUGAAAGAGAGGGGCUUUAUUCCAAAUAGUACAACGUACGACGUUUUGGUUUCUGGCUAUGGAAAAAUCGGGAACAAGAAGGAAUCCAUAAGGCUUUACUGCGAAAUGAUAACGAAAGGAUGUGAAAACCCCAAAAAAAUCGCGUUUUUGGGGCUGUUUUUAUUGAUGGUGUUGCGCCAUUUCCACGUCCAAAACGGGCGUGCGAAAAUAGUUUUCACGCCCAAAAUGAGCGUAAAAACUAUUUUCAAACGCCCAUUUUGGGCGUGUAAAUCUGGUUUUGGCGACCGUUCCGGGCGUGCAAAUUCCUGA